GCACCACAGGACGACUGCAAUCGAGUUACUGAAUGAGCUGCAGAAGAUCUUCACUCCGAUUGCCGCAUCAGAUGGAGCCGAAGAUGGAAUUAAGAGCCAGCUGGAAAACUACAAAACCGAAAAGCAGCAAAUUUUAGAAACCAAAAAGCCAGAAAACAUUGUCACCCAAGCGAUCCUCCUCGGCACGAAAAUAUUAGCCGUCAACGAGAGUCAGGACAAGGAAUUCCGGAAAUCCAGACCAUACGAGGGCCGCUUAGUCCCCGACACCCUCUCCUCGGAAAUGGCCCGGGUGCGGAGAAUGGAAGCAGCGUCCGAUAGAGCGGCGAGGAAGCGGGAGAAGAGUUUGUUUGACGAUAGUAGCAGCAGUGAAGAACAAAGUGAGGACUCGGAGCUUGACGAGUUUUCAAACUUCUGCAGUGCAAUGCCUGCAGUCGUGUCUACUGGAAGAACACUGAGGGACAUCAAGGCUAAUCGACGGGCUGCCGCUGCGCGGUUCAAUCGUGGAAAGUACUGGUCUCCGGUAGAGGCUGAAGCUGAACCCGAUGCGCUGCAUCAUCAAACCGGCAGUGUUGAAGGAGGACCUUCUGUUGUAAAUAACUUGAUGGCGUCGUGCACCACAGGAACUACCGCCGUUGCGCACUACAACUACAUCACGUGGGGAGAAG